AUGUCGUCGUCCUCCUCUGCAGCUGCUGUGACGGCCAUGGCAGCCGCCCUUGGGGCCCCUUCUACAGAGAAACUUACAAGAGAUAACUUCCAAUUUUGGAAGAUGCAAGCUCUCCCUGCGAUUCAAGGCGCCCAAGCCAUGGGGUUGCUCGAUGGUUCUGACGCCCCGCCGCCGCAAAACCUUGAAGAAGAUGCUGAAAAACAGAAAUCUGCAGUUCCUAAUGGGGAGAAGGACGAGCUCAUCCGGCGGCACCAGGAAGAGCUCAGCGCCCAGAAAACCAGCUACCAGGAGCUCAAGUCCCAGCUCAUCCAGCUGGGGCUCGACCAUGCCAAGGCCAUCAAAGCCGCUGAAACUGAUGCAGCGGCCAAGAUGGAUGAGGCUCUGGAAGAUGCCAGCAAUGCCACUGUGGUCAUAUCUUCCGCUGCCAACACCAGCGCCGCCGCCUCCUCCUCGGCCGCCGCCCCGAUGCUCCCUGCUGCCUCGACCACCUCCACCACCGCCGCGAUGGCCUCCUCCUCGUCGCGGCCCCUUGUGUCGCCGUUCCUUGCGGCGCUUCUCGACGGCCGCACGCCGCCACCGCUUAGCGGCGCCCCGAUCUCCACCUCGGCUGGUCUCUACAUGGGUGCCACCCCUCGUGCUACGUGGCCGUUCGCCUCGGCCGCCGCGUCGGUGCCCGCCGUGGUCGGGCCGCUCCCUCUGUCGGCCGCUUCACCAUCCCCCGGCGUGGCCGGACCGAUCGCGGUCCCUCCUUCGUCGCUAGGUGUGACUGCUCCAGCCCCCGCGCAGGCUCCAGGAACUUCUGCCCUGGCCCCGUUCGUCGCUGCUCCGGCGCCCACCCCCUCGUCAACCGCUGCCCUGGCUACGUCACCCAUACCGUAUGGUGCGGGACUCUAUGGGCAGCCCCUUUUCUACGGCGCCACGACCAUGGCCUAUGGCGUCCACUCCCCACCUCCGGCCUCGGCAACGACCUCGGCUGCCUAUGUGCCGCCUGCUCCUAUCACCCAUGAGGCUGGACCCGUGCGUGAUCCGUCGCCCGUACAUCUGGCACACCUUGUGACAAGGUAUUAA